CAUGUCAUUGUCAAAUAAUUGUCACGAACACGAACAUUUAGAAAUUUUCUCAAAAUACCGAAUAUUUUAUUAAUCCUAAAGUAUUAAGAAGCUGGUUUCAAUUAGCAGUAUUAAAAUAACAAUAUUAUGAAGCCUAUCGCUCUCUGUGUGUUAGCUAUAACGCUAGCAGGCUACGUUAACUGCGUCACAAACUCUGUUGAGGAAGACACUGGAAAUGGUCGAUAUGUCAUUGAAGGAAGAGUAUUUCCACCUGAUGAUCAAGACUCAAGCAAUUGGCAGGUGGACACAAGGGUGCACGUAAACGGUGGGGAGUACAUUGCUUUCAUCAGGGAUGAUGGCACGUUCGUCAUUCACAAUGUACCAUCAGGCUCCUAUGUGGUAGAAAUAGUCCAUCCAGAUUACAUGUAUGAGCCUGUCCGAGUAGAAAUCAACUCCAAGGGCAAAUACAGGGCUAGGAAAGUCAACUUCAUACAAACAUCUCAGGUGAUUCAAGUACCAUACCCUCUGCGGAUGAAGCCAUUGUCUCGUUUCCGAUACUUCCAAAUGAGGGAACAAUGGCGACUGACAGAUUUCUUAUUCAACCCCAUGGUGAUCAUGAUGGUGCUGCCUCUGCUGCUGAUUAUGAUCUUGCCCAAGAUGAUGAACGACCCAGAAACCAAAGAGGACUUGAAGCAGAUAAGCAACUUGGCGAAAAUGGGUGAAAUGCCAGAGAUGUCGGAGAUGUUCACGUCACUGUUCAGUGGAGGAUCCACAGCAAAAGCCUCCAAUGCUAAGGCAAAGCAGGUUAAGAAGAGACAGUAAUGUAUUAUGUUUUCUUAGUAAUUUUAAUCACACUUCUGUAG